AUGCUUUCGAUUCAUACCUAUCGUCAAUCAUCAAAGAAAACUGCAAUUGAUUACGCAGCAGCACAGUUUUCAAACAAGAAAAAGUUUGAUCGGCAGCUUGACCCUCUGGCUACAUCAAAAGAAGAAGAGUUGUCUUCGGAUGAAACUGUGGUUAUGAUUCCAGUUGAAGAUGUUAUCAAUAUCUACUAUACAUCUGAUAUUAAGAAGAGUGUUAAAGCAGAGGAGCAUUCACGUCUUGUGCCCGUAGUUGCAGAAAAAGGAUGUUGUGGUGACUGCUGUAAAAAAGCUCAGGAACCGGUACGUCAAACUGAAAUUAUUGAAGAGAAGAAUGCACAGCGGGUUAUUACAAUACAUCUUCAGUAUUCAAAGUACAGUAAUCUGGAUACGGUAUCAAAUGCACGUAUUCUUCCUGAAUCAGAUCGUGCAGAAUUCUACAAGAAUCAAUUCCAGCCGAAUACAGAAUUGAAAUUCUAUCUAGUUCGAAAUGCGGAGUAUGAUUCAGCUAACUUUGAUCAGAAGAAAGUGCAAGCUGAAAAUCUUUGCCGUAUUAUCAUGCAGCUGAAGGGAAUGAAUGGUGGUGUUACUGGUAGUAGUCUGCGUCUUCUUACGAAAGAGAACGUGGUAGUUCCUGCUGCUAUAUCCUAUCCAAGUCCACAAGAGCUUCAACAAAUACUGAAUCUGCCGUACUCUGGUAUCUUUGGUGAUUUACAUCAGGAACGUUUACAUUCAAUUCAGACACAGCAUGAUUUCGGAACACAUGUAGCAGUACCGAUAACGACAACGGUUCUAGCAUCAAUAGAAAUGCGACCAACAGAUACAGCAGCAGCAAAAAAUGAUUCAUAA